UAAUUGCUGAAGAAUGAUCAAGACUCUUCGUCUGCUCCUUCAAUGUCUUCUACUUCCCCUGUAUUUCUUCAUCUUCUCCGAUUUCUUCUUCUUCUGUCAAGCCGACGUCGGCACCGCCAAGCAAUAUAGUCCACCGUAUUUACCGACGGAGUGUUUCGCCAACGAUGCCUCGCAAUUUCCGCCGAAUAAUUUUUUCGCUGCCGCCGGAGACGGUGUUUGGGACAAUGGCGCUUCCUGCGGGCGACAGUACUUGGUGAGAUGUGUAAGUGCGACGGCGCCGAGUAUUUGUGAUACUUCGACGACUAUUCAGGUGAAGAUCGUUGAUAUUGCGCCUUCUACCUUUUCUGGAACGACGAUUGUUUUGUCGGAAACUGCCUUCGGCGCCAUCGCCGGCUCUGCUACCGGUGUCCUCAACGUCGAAUUUCAACAGGUAUAAUGAUUAUGAUAUGGACUUGGUAUUGUGAUUAUAUCGUGUGCAGGAUGGAGAUGAGUCAGAUCAUUGUAACCUGUAAAUGUAUUCUUCUUCUUGUUAGAAGAAGCUUCUUGUGUUUAA